GCGCAGAGCACAGCUUGAGACACGUCAGCAGGAAACGGAACUGUAUAAAAGAUGAACUGAAACCUGCUGGGGUUGCGGCAGCGGUGCCCAGCGCUGUUUUUUGCUUUUGCCUUGCUUGCUGUAAUUAAUAAAAUUCCUUGAUUCGAUCAUAUUUAUCCAAAUGUGUGGUCAAAUUUAUCACAAUUUGGUGCCGUGACUCGGAUGGGAUUGGUACAAUAGGGCACGAUUACCGAGGAGGCGCCCCAGCACUGGUGGCCUUGGUGAUCGGUCCCUGCCUCGCUCCCACCGACGAACCUAAAUUCAAGGCAUUAAAGCAAAGGGGACCGGUCGACCCUAUAAAUUUUGUGCACAAAGGUCCAGACGAAGACGCAGGAAGCAAACCGCAGUAAGAACAGCCGAGAAAGGAUGGACCCAUGCCAGCAGAGUUAAAGGACCAGUGGAGAAACCAGUACCCAAGUGGCAAGUGACCAGUUCUCCUGGAGAUUUAAAACUGAAAAUCCAACGAAAGGACUAUUGAUGAGUAAAUACCGAAUUGAGUACUUACCCAGCCCAUAUUACACAGAAGAAGGACUGAUUUGUAAUAGUGAUGUUAGGGUAAUAGUGAUGUUAGGGUAAGGUGUGGGAACCUUGACUGUAAUUGCUGCCCUUUUGUUUGCUAUAUAUGUAAAGUAUGAUGGGAAAAGUGGUGGAUUCAUUGUAGGCGGGGAAUUCCACCCAGAGGAAUUUGCAGUCCUUGCUGGAAGCUCCAGCGUGAGAUUACUGAUUGGAUUCUAAAGUGUAAAGUCUAAAGGGAAAUUAGGGGUGGAAUCAGAGGAACGGUGGGAAAUAUUUACUAAAGGAAUUGAACCAAAUUAUUAUUGUUAUCAUUUGAACCAGCCCGUCCCUUUUGUAGCCGAAAUUACUGAAAGCAUUUGCUGCAGACACCUGAAGGAAGUCCAGUGUAAAGUUCCAGGAAUUAAGGAAAAUAACUGGCACUCCUAUAUCAACAGGCAAAGGAAGCAAUAUGCUCUAUCCCAAAUACCUCCCGAAGAAUACCCCUGCUGCUGAGAAGAUGGUACCCCUCGUGGCUCGAAGCAACCGAGUCGACGAGCGAGGCAGAGGAGUAAAAGAUGGUGGAGGAAAGAAACCCCGAAUUGGGAUAUCAGAGCAGUGCUCUUGGAAUGGCCUCAGGAGUGGGACUAAAAAGCCUUGGUGUGAUCUGCGACACCCAAAUUAUUUGAACAAGGGAAAGGCACUAAUAAAUCAGAAUUACCGAACAGCCUACGCCUCCAAUAAUCACCACCACUUAGCCCAAUAUAUUUUCUUUUUUCUGAGUGUGUUGUGUGCAAAGGAGGUUGAUAGUGUCGAAGGUGUAGGGGAAAUACAGUAUACGCACGAACCCUUUAAAUGGACUUUAAUUCGAUGGGAAGAUCAGAAAACACUUCAGACUAUAAUUACACCUGAAGCCCCUUCCUUUACAUGCUCUCUAAGGGACAUUGUACAUGUUGAAUUAACAUUUGAUCCUGGAUUCUACUUCUGCCCUAGUUCAAACCCAGGGAAAGCCUAUUGUAACUAUCCUGGACAUUAUUAUUGUGGCUAUUGGGGUUGCGAAACCAUUGCUUCAGACUGGCAGGUUGAAAAACCAGAUAAAUACCUGAGGGUGGGAUGGGGUCCCUAUGGAUGCAACCCUCCGAUACGUGAUUUUGCGGGGGGAAUUAGUCAAAAAGGAAACUGUCACUGGAUUUACAUUAAUGUUACACAACCUGCAGAACCAGGAUGGUUCCUAGGAAAAACCUGGGGGGUAAGGAUAUGGGAACCCGGACCUCGGGUAGAUAGUGGUGGACAUAUCCUUAUCAGGAAAGAACGAGUACCCCCUGAUCCAGAACUGGUGGGACCCAACCCAGAAGUAGGAGAACCAAAUGAGGAACUGAGAAAUCAAUGGAAUGUUACUAAUGAGAUUGACAAUACUACAAUUACUCCGCAGGGAAAAGAAAAACCAAACUAUACUCAAAACGGGGUUAGAAUAUAGUGUUCUAUGGAAAGAUAUGCAAGCUAGUUACGGGAUCUUAAACAAGACAAACCCAGAAUUAACUAAGGAAUGCUGGUUAUGCUAUAAUAUUAGACCUCCAUUCUAUUAAGGCAUUGAGGUAGCAGCGAAAGCCAGAAGAAUUAAUGGAACUAACCGGGCACAAUGCCUCUGGAAACAGAAAAAGGAAGUGCUCCAGGGAUUAACUCUCUCUCAAGUACCAGGAAAAGGGAGAUGCGUGGGAAAUAUACCAAAGCAUAAGGAACAUCUUUGUGGGACAAUCAUGUCAGUAAUAAGAACGGGAAAACCACCGGCUGACUGGUUAUUACCAGCCGCCAACACCAGGUGGGUAUGUAAAAGUAUAGGGAUCACCCCAUGCCUUUCACUAAAACUGUUUAACCACACCCAUGAAUAUUGUAUUCAAGUAUCUAUUAUACCCCAAAUUACUUACCAUCCAAAUGAAUACAUUUGCAAACAACACACAACAUCAGAACACUACUUGGAAAAAAGAGAGCCUCUUACCACCCUAACCAUAGCAACUCUCCUUACAGUAGGGAGAAUAGGAGCAGGAACAGGAGUAGCUUCCUUAGUUAACCAACAGAAAGAAUUUAAGGCAUUAAGGAUUUCGGUAAAUGAAGAUCUCAGCAGAAUAGAACAAGCCAUUGAUGGUUUCGUGAAAUCGGUAAGAUCUCUUUCAGAAGUAGUCUUGCAAAAACGAAGAGGAUUAGACUUAUUGUUUUUACAACAAGGUGGGUUAUGUGUAGCUCUUAAAGAGGAAUGUUGUGCUUAUUGCUUAUGCAGACCACACCAGGGUAGUGGUAGAUAAAAUGGCAGAAUUGAGAAAACUACUAGAACAAAGAAAAAGGGAAAGGUAGGCACAACAAAGUUGGUAUGAGACUUGGUUCAAUCACUCCCCUUGGUUAACUACCUUACUGUCUACCGUGGCUGGACCAUUAAUUUUACUAACUCUUGGCUUGACGUUUGGGCCUUGUAUAUUUAAUAAAUUGGUGGCAAUAGUAAAGGGACACUUAGAAGCUGCACACCUUAUGCUUACUGGAGCCAAAUAUGAACAAAUACCAGAAGAUGAAACUGUAGAGGCAUUGGAAUUGGCCAGACAGGAGUUGCGAAGAUUUAAUGAACGAAAAUGAACAAGAGAAAAAGGGGGGAUGGUGAUAGAUUGAGGUAUGUUUUGUUCAUUAAAGGGUUAAAAACAGAAAACUAAGGCUCUAAGAUCAAGAUGAAACUCAUAUGCAAACAUGCUCUUGCUGAAUGUCUAAUUGCUCAACAAGCCUUAAGUUCCAAGAACUCAAGCAUGAGGAAGACCACCCAGCCUUUAUCACACGACCACCGGGAGAAGAAAGGCACAGGCGCAGAGCACAGCUUGAGACACAUCAGCAGGAAAUGGAACUGUAUAAAAGAUGAACUGAAACCUGCUGGGGUUGCGGCAGUUGGUGGAGCGGGGACUCCCCUGUCGCCCAGCACUGUUUUUUGCUUUUGCCUUGCUUGCUGUAAUUAAUAAAAUUCCUUGAUUCAAUCAUA